CUGUCUGUCGGAAGCUCGGCCUUCCGUAAGGAAAACAGAAGGAACAAAAUUACUCCCAGGUUUAGCAAACAUAAAAUUUCUCGAGAUAAUGGGGUCACCGUGCGAACAAUUAAAAAGCAGAAAAUACAUAAACAGAAAAUUAGGAAAAUCUCGUUACCUACAAACCCAUAAAAUUAUAAACUGACCACCUCGGAAUUCUCCUCUUUACAGGCUGACGUUAGUCAACAGCCAGCGACUAGAAAUAAAUAGACUAGGUGAGGAGCAAACCCUCAUUAAGCUCAACAUGGGAACGGCCCGGACAAUAACAUCAUUUAUGACAAUCAAACACCUGAUCCACCUGGAAGAAUACGAAGUUACUACCGACAAAUUACACGAAUUAAUUACGAACCUGCCGGACCUGCCGAACAUCGUCGAAAUAAGAACACUAUUACUUAGGAAACUUAAUCAGGUAGAACAGAAAUUAACUUCACAACUACCUAGCGAAAGUAAUAGCAGACCUAGGAGAGGACUCAUUAACGGACUAGGGACAAUAAUCAAAACGAUCAGCGGCAACAUGGAUGCCACUGACGAGGAAAAAAUUAUUUCCGAAUUAAAACAAUUGGGGAGGAACGCGGAAAAUACCGCGCAAUUUCAGAACGAAACAUUAAUAAGGUUCAUGGAAAUCACAGACCACAUAAACAAAGAGCAGGAGGUCAUAAAUAAUUUCAUCAAUUUUAAUCAGAAUAGGAUAUCUAAGGAAAUAGAUACAGGACUCAAAAAAGCAGAAUUGAAUAUAUUUUUGACUAGAAUCAAUAUUAACUUAGAUCUUCUCUACACACAUUUGGCAGGUAUAGCAGAAAGCCUAUUAUUCGCAAAACUCAAUAUUGUUCCCAAAUACAUCUUAGAUAAUGCUGAGAUACAAAAAAUCAAAAUGUCAUUAACAGAUCAAAACGUUAAGAUAAAGGAGGACUACGAAGUUUACAACCUACUAUCACUCGAAACUAGCACAGAAAAGAAAACAAUUGUUUUUGAAAUUAAAAUACCAAUUUUGUCUCCAAAUAAUUAUACACUGUACCAAAUUGUAACCAUACCGUUCAACGGGACGGAAAUUGUAAACCUACCAAAAUUUAUUUUAGAGGAUAGAAUAGAACUUAAAACACUAAACACAAAUUGUAUUAGAGUUAAUGAUUUAUCAGUUUGCGAAACCCCCACCGACCCCGACAACCCGGAAUGCAUCCAUAACCUGCUAGCCAACAAGACAGCGACAUGUACCGUAGUGGAAACCAUAACCCAGACACGGAUCUACAGCCCCAUAGAAGGACUCCUGGUUAUCCUCAACGCAAGAGACGUUAAUAUGACCUCCGAUUGUAUACCGAGCAAAAGUUUGAGCGGGUCGUUUAUUAUAAAUCACGACAGUUGCUCCAUCACCAUCAACGGUACGAAAUAUGCCGACGCCACCGUCAUAAUGACCGAUAGAUGGCAGAUGGAUAUAACGAAAACCACUUAACAACGAUAUAUAUAUUGAUCGCAAGCUCUAUCGUACUAGCAAUCGCCGCAUGGAUCUGGAGAAAAAACAAGAUUAUCUACGCAACUACUUCCCUGCCAGCCACCGGAACUCCAGCCAUACCUUCGUUGUGGCCUUCGUUCCGUCUUGAGGGGGGAGGAGUUAUCGGUGACGGCAUAAGCUUGCCCUCACCUCCCCCGAAACCCCCACGGGUAAAAGCCUAAACUAAAGGCACUCAACCCGGAACAGGGGCAGCAGCAGAUCGCCAACAAAGGAUUCCGCCGAACCCGCGGACUGGAGUCGGGGCAUCCGCCCAAGAAUGCAGCGUAAACAAAACAGCACUCGAAUUGUAGCCAACAUAUAAAACUGAAAUGAAAUACAAAAUCACUCUUGAUCGAGAAGCAGAA